AUAUAAUAAUUAUUUAAAAAUUGAAACCGAAUCAAAUUAUUCAAAUUUUGAAUAUCGAUCGACAAUCAAUAAUCAUUGACAAAUCACAAAUGGUAACUUGUUGAUUGUUCAUAGUUCAUUUGUUCCAGCAUUUGGGAAACGUCCGUUUUCCGUUUAUCGGUCAAAAUAACAUUGGAGUCAAUUGUGUAAACUAAUUCAAAUUCCAAGCUCUCACACUAACUUUCCUACAUAGUUAUACACUUUUCUAUAUAACUAUUGACGUGGUUCGUUGUUUUAGUGUACUUUAGUAUUUACUAGUGUACAUAUCAAAAUGGCAACUCCAAACAACAAUAAUGCGUCUGAUGAAGACAAAAUUGAUCCAAUGAAAGAUGUACGUGCCGGAAUAGUACGUGAAGUGGGUAGUCAAGCAAUAUGGAGUCUAUCUUCAUGCAAACCAGGUUUUGGUGUGGACCAGUUAAGAGAUGAUUGUAUGGAAACUUACUGGCAGUCAGAUGGUCAACUUCCACAUUUGGUUAAUAUUCAAUUUAGACGUAAGACAGUUGUGCGUGAUAUAUGCAUAUACAUUGACUAUAGACUGGAUGAAAGCUAUACACCUGGUCGUAUAUCAGUACGUGCUGGCACUAAUUUUAAUGACUUACAAGAAGUUGAAGUAGUUGAACUGAACGAACCAUAUGGUUGGGUUAGAAUAAUGACUAAAGAUAUCAAUGAUUUGCCGUUGAAAACAUAUAUGCUACAAAUUGCUGUUAUUACCAAUCAUCAAAAUGGAAGAGAUACACAUAUGAGGCAAAUUAAAGUACACUCGCCGGUUGAAAAAAGGGAUCUUCUCAUUGGUAACUUUAGCACAGUAGAAAUGAGACAAUAUACAAUCAUAAAGUAAAUUUUUUUGUUUUAUUAUUUGUUUGCUGACAUUUUGCUAUAUUGUACAGUAUAAUAUACUAUAGAAAAAUUAGAUUAAACAUUACAAAAAACAUAUUUGUGUAGCUACCUACUAAAUACUAAGUUAAUUUUUGACGUGAAAUGUUAACAUUUUUUAUUAAGUUAUUGAAUUUAUUAUUAUUCUUUAAAACAUAUGAAAAUCUUUUUUAUGAUAUCUAUCAUCUUGACAAUUUUUUUUAGUAUCAAAAAAACUAUUUGUUAAUAUAUUGUAUAUUUUUGUACUGAUUUUUAAAAUUUAUUAUUUUCUUCUUUAAAUUUGUUUAAUAAUUUAUGAUGAACAUGUACUUUAAGCAUUUCAAUUCCCUUAAACUAUUGAACUGGUGUGCCCUUAGAAAUAUAGCCAUAUUUUGACUAGGAUCAUUGA